UUAUCAUCGACGCACAUUUUAUCCGUUUCAAAAACAAUUGUUCAAAAUUUCAUAUUAUCUUCUUUAGGAUAGAAUUGUUUUCAUUGUAUGCUUAUGUAUCGAUUGGAAUUGUUUUAAUACAGUUACGUGUAGAAUUGUUCUAAUCUAUCAUGGAAGUGGAUGAAGACAUUAGUGUAAUAGAAUCGAAUGUAUCAGAAGAUUGCCCUGAGGCAUUUGGAGAUAUAUCAUGUAUCACUACAGAUGGAAAUCAUGUGAUAAAAGAAAUUGGUUCUGAUGUAUCUGACCAGGAAGUCUCAAUAUUAGCAUCAUCUAAAGAUUAUACAUCUUAUAAUACAACUGAUCUUAUGGAAAUAUCUGAUGUACUCGGCCUUGUUGGUAAAAAAUGGUCAAUAUAUCGUGUAUCUCCAUUGUGGAAUUUACAAUUUAAAGCAAAAUAUUUAAAAUCCAUUUCCGAGCAGUUGAAAGAUUAUAUAACCUCAAAUUUAAAAAAACAUAAACAAGUCCACUCAUUUUCAAACAUUUCUGUGGAAAUCGAAGCAAAAGAAGUUCAUGAUGAAUGUAUAGCAUUAAAGAUUCAAGUCAUUUAUCUAGAAUCAAAUAUUCUUCUUUAUACUGGUGUAUUAUUAAAAUCACCAAAUUAUAGUGAAAAAUAUAAUAUGACUAAACUCUCAGAAAUGCCUGUAUUAAUGGUUCAAGGAAAUACUUCAUUUAUAUUAGCUGUACAUGAGUGGUUAGCUGAACAUUUUGAUUGCAUAAUUCGGCCAUAUGAAUUUGCCAAUUAUCAAGUUCUGUGGCUCAUUGCUAUAUCAAUGGCCGAUGCAGGAACCUCAUACAAUAAUACUGUUUCAUACCAUUAUCUCUUUAAAUAUGAACUGUCAAAAGGUAAAAUGGAUGUAAAAUGUUCUGUUGAAUCAGAGUUCCUUCGUUCAACUUUAUCCAAAAUAUCUUUAAUUCAAUCAUUAACUUCGGAAGAAAAUUCGUUCCAUUAUUCACAUUUAAUUAAAAUUCAUGCUGAAAUUGAAGAUCAUUUUAAAAUGACAAGUGGAAUAAAUGUCUCAAAAUUAAAAUUAAUUGCAUUUGAAGCUCCAAAAGUUGUGUCGAUUAAUGUUUCUGGAAAAAUUCGCGCAGAGUCAUCCACUUUAAUGGAUUUGAUAAUGAAUUACAUUAUGGAACUUGUAAACAAAUCUUUGUAACAUCGUUUUUUCUUCUAUAUUUUUUAUGUUGUUAUCAUUUUACUUGGUAAAUAAAUAGAUUUUUUUUUUUUUA